AUGGAAGGUAUCAUCAAUCGGCAGCUUGUGAACCACCUGGAAACCCAUCAACUCUUCUCCUCGUCCCAGUUUGGCUUCCGACGUGGACUGGGCACAAGUGACCUACUGACGGCUCUCCAGCAUUCCUGGGCCACUACCCUGGCUGGCGGCGGUCUUGUGCAUGCCCUGGCAGUUGAUAUUGCCGGGGCAUUCGACAAGGUUUCCCACCCAGGUGUCCUUGCGAAGGCACAGCAAUGUGGCAUCCACGACCAACUCCUGGCUUGGCUAAGGUCGUAUCUCCAUGACCGAAAACUGACUGUAGUUGUUGGCGGCUUUGUUUCGCAUGAGGACUUAGGCAAGCUGAAGUUCAUCAACCAAUGUAUCAAAGAAGGAUUGCGAAUGACCAGCACAGUGUCCUAUAUUGAGCGGCAGACUAUGGAUGACAUGUACAUCGGUGGCUACUUCAUUCCUGCCAAUUCCAUUGCCACCGUGGACAUCUUCUCACUCCAUCAUAACCCCAGUGUCUAUCCAGACCCAUACACGUUUGACCCAAGCCGGUUUUCAGAAGAGAACGCUGCCGGUCGUCACCCCCAUGCACUCGCCCCGUUCUCAGCUGGCCCGCGAAACUGCAUCGGCCAAGCACUAGCCAUGAACGAGCUGCGGAUGACAGUGGCCAGUGUCCUGGUGCGCUUUGAUUUGGCCGUAGACCCCAGCCUACCCGAGCCACUAUACAAUGACGCGCUGAUCGUGAGAGCCGAGAAUGGCAUCAAUCUGCGGGUCAAGAGCCGUUAA